AUGACUCGUUCAAAAAGCUCAAGCGAGUCCGAACAGGAUGAAGUUCUUUCUCCAAGUCCAAAUGAUCAUGGAUCGGGGAGUGCGGAUGUGGAAGAAGUAACUACACCUCCUGAAGUGCAACAGUCCGAGGCAAGAAAGUCUCGCUCGAAAAGUCGCAGCAAAUCCGCUGAUGAUGUUCGUUCUCCGCCGAGCUCUGAUGAUGAAGAUGAGAGGUCCAAGAAAAAGGAUGAUGAUCGCUCCAAAGUGUCGAAAUCUGAGAAGCGUCGAGCCAGGGUAAGAUACGUCUAAAA